AUGUACACAUUCACGACCCCGCAGUCUCGUAAAGCCUUACAGAAUUUCUGGUGUAAGACUAGUGGUUCGUGUAUCCUGGAGCGACCCUGCUACGUGCCAGUCCGCGAGAAGGUGGAGAGGCUUUGGGACAGUGGCGUCCUUGCGGUUCUACUGCUGGGAGUUCCUGGCAUCGGCAAGACGGCAUUUAUCAUCACCACGCUGCUCAAGCUGUUGAAUGAAAGGAAGCCAGUUGCUUUUCAGACCAAGGGCGGUUCUCUCUACUUCUAUGAGCCGCAACACAACAAUGAAAGCAAGGUCAUUGGUCAGGAUUACUCGUGUCUCCGGCUGAAAAACAACGGCAUCCUGCUUGAUCCGGAGGUUUACUAUCUGGUGGAUGGCAAGCUGCCGUGUGUUCCGGAGUUUGGAUGCAAAAGCUUGCUUGCUGCAAUUCCGAAGCUGAGCAAUUUCCAGGACUAUGAUAAGGAUGGCCGCGGCAACCAGGUGAUCCUGCCGGUGUGGUCUGCUGCCGAGCUCGCGGUUGCCUGGCAAGUGAUGUUUGAUCCGACACUGCCUCAUGUCCAAGCGCUUAAAGGCGAGGAGGAAUUGCUUGAGGCACGAAAGAUGCUAACUUUGGAUGUUGUCAAGGAGAGAUACAGGAGAUGGGGUGGCACGGCUCGCUUUGUGCUUGAGAAGCUGCAUAUCGACCUGGAUACCAUCGUCAGGGGUUUACAGUCUAUUCAGCGUACAGUAGAAGCGGUGGGACAGCAGAUUGCCGAUGGUGACCAUCCGUGUCACAAAGUAGUACACCAGAGGGUCAAGCAGGGAUACAACGGGUACGAGUACAUGUUUGCAUCUCCCUACCUUGUCAAGGUGGCAACAGAGAAACUAAGCGAGUCUACCAGCGGGGAGUUGCGGCUGUUUUUAAGCUUCAAGGGACUGGCGGCGCAUGGUGUCAACGGUUGCAAGGGCCACGUCUUCCAGCACGAGUUCAUGACCCUGACGCAGAAAUACAGCCGUCGUUGUUUCAAGGUUCGCCGAGUCCACGACGAUAUCAAUGUGGUAAGUCAGGACGAGGAGCGGGUUUUUGAGUUUGGUGAAGUGGUGAAAGUCGACAAGAUUGAGAAUGUGUCACGUCCUUGGCCGGUCAAUAGAAUCAUCUGGCCGGAUUCACCCAUGGAAGAGACAGUGGACGCCAUGACGAUAGUGCAGCCGACACCCCAGGAUUUGCCCGAGCUCGAGCUGUUCCAAGCGACUCUCAGUUCUGAGAGGCAUGAGCACGGCCUCAAAUACUCAGGAAUACUGAAAGUUAUGGAGCACUUCGGGAUUCCUCCCAGCAGGACCAGGGUGUAUAUAACUACUACAUCUGAGCUCUAUCCGGAAGCAGGGUAUCAGAACUGGAGGAAAUCGAGAGCGCUUAAAGAUCAAAGAAUCAUCCGAAGACUAGUUGGGAUCACACAAUAUGCCAUGGACAGUGGAAUCUAG